UCAAUAUAUAUCAAGACUUUCGGUUGCUCUCACAACAUGAGCGACAGUGAGUACAUGGCAGGACAAUUGGCGGCGUUUGGGUACCAGCUGGUGGAGGUGCCAUCCGAGGCGGACCUGUGGAUCAUCAACACGUGCACGGUGAAGAACCCGUCUCAGUCAGCCAUGGACACACUCAUCCGCAAGGGCAGGGAGCUGAGCAAAAGACUCGUGCUUGCAGGCUGCGUGCCUCAGGGCGACAGUGGGGUGGCGGAGGGAGAGGGCGUGAGCGUGGUGGGGGUGCAGCAGAUCGACCGCGUGGUGGAGGUGGUGGAGGAGACGCUCAAGGGCAACACCGUCCGCCUCCUCUCCCGCAACCGCGCUCUCCCCACGCUAGACCUUCCCAAGUUCCAACCAACUGUAAGACCAAUCGACCGCGUGGUGGAGGUGGUGGAGGAGACGCUCAAGGGCAACACCAUCUGCCUUCUCUCCCGCAACCGCGCCCUUCCAGCACUUGACCUUCCCAAGGUGCGGCGCAACAAGUGGGUGGAGAUCGUGCCCAUCAGUGUGGGCUGCCUGGGUGCAUGCACCUACUGCAAGACGAAGCACGCCAGAGGCCACCUCGGCUCCUACCCUCUGCCUGUGCUGGUGGACAGGGUGCGAGCAGCAGUAGCAGAGGGCGUGAGGGAGAUCUGGCUGAGCAGCGAGGACACGGGCGCCUACGGCCGUGACAUCGGCAGCGACCUGCCCUCCCUCCUCUCCGCCCUCGUGGCCUCCCUUCCCCCCGACGGCCGCUGCAUGCUGCGAGUCGGCAUGACCAACCCGCCCUACAUUCUCGAACACCUGCCCGAGAUUGCGAAAAUCCUCAACCACGCCUGCGUUUACAAGUUUCUGCACCUGCCCGUGCAGUCGGGCAGCAACAGCGUGCUGGAGGGCAUGAAGAGGGAGUAUACAGUGGAGGAGUUUUGCCGCGUGGUGGACACGCUUAUGGCCCUCGUGCCUGGCCUGGAGAUUGCAACUGACAUCAUCUGUGGCUUCCCAGGAGAGACGGCAGCUGACUUUCAGCAGACAAUGGAUUUGAUUCGCAAGUACAAGUUCGCUCAAGUGCACAUCUCCCAGUUCUACCCCCGCCCAGCCUUUCCCAGGCACACCAGCAGCGCGCAUGCCCAAGGUGCCAUCAGGGGAGGUGAAGCAGCGCAGCAGAGCACUCACCGCCCUCAUAGAGUCCUUCACUCCCUACACGAACUUCGCUGCAUUGGAGUCAAUAAUCCACUCACAAGACCCUCUCUCUCCCAUUGCUGCCCCUUCACCCCACCACCUCCCACCCCCGUCCCCCUUCUACUGACCUUACCAGGCACGCCAGCAGCGCGCAUGCCGAAGGUGCCAUCAGGGGAGGUGAAGCAGCGCAGCAGAGCACUCACCGCCCUCAUAGAGUCAUUCACUCCCUACACGAACCUUCUUGGAACCACCCAGAGGGUCUGGAUCACCGAUGUUGCUGCAGAUAAGACGAAGCUUGUCGGCCACACAGAUAGCUACGUGCAGGUGCUUGUACCCCCUGAUGACGUGGUAUUGGAUAAGCUGCCAGGUGGCAAGCCACCAGAUGACACGUCAGCAGCCAGUGUGUCAUCAGAUGACGCCUUGGAUCAGGAUGAGAAAUCUCUGGGGCAAAUUGCAGCAGCCAAUGGGCGGGCGGCGAAAGCGAGUGAGCCGACCGGUGGUGGCAAGAGUGCGCUUUUAGGGUCGGACUUGUUUGUCCGCAUCACCACAGUCGGGCGGUGGUCUGUGAUUGGCGUGCCGGUGUCUUCUCCAGUGAAGUAUCCGCCUGUUGCUGCUGGAAGCCUAGAUAUUCUGAACAAGGCUCAGCAGAGCAAGGAGCAGCAGCAGGUUGAGACUGAAGAGCAGCCACCACUACCACCAUUGCUGCAGGAGCAGAAGUCGAAGGAGCAUCAGGAGGCAGUAAUGUGUGGAGCGUCAGAUGGGUGUUGUGGUGGAGGGAGCGAGGGAGCUUGCGCUUGCUCUGGUGAUACUCCUGCUGCGGCUUCUGCAGAAGAGGACAAGUGCUGCAACACGGGAAGCUCGUCCUGCAGUGGUGUUACAGCACCAGCUGUGGUAGGAGAAGUGCACUCCACAACUGCAGACGCCACAGGCGGGAGAGUUGCAGGAAAGGGGGGGGAGUUGGUUGAUAAUUUGUUGCUUGCUGUAAGGAUACUGCUUUCCCAGCGAGUGCUCUUCUAA